UUGAAAAUAUUUCCUAGCAACGCUCCUAGGUAACGACGUAGCGGAAGCGCGCCCAGCAUGGCGGACUGUCAUCUUUAACAACAACAAAAACAAAACAUGGAGCCACAAGAGAGGGCGGUGGCACCUUCUCAUUGGCUGGGUGAUGAAGCUAUGAGUCGACCUGAAGGAGGUACAGAACCAUCAAAAGCCGGGAAUCAGAGGAGGGAUGGAAUAAAAACAGAUGAGUGGAGGCUUCAAAGGUCACAGCAUGAAGCUCUGCACCUAGAUUUCCAGGACAGCAAUUUGUCUCCUGCACUGCAGCUGCUGCCUUCGACAUCCGGACUUCAGCACAGCGCCACCGACUAUUCCCUCUACCAGCAAAGUUAUACAGGCUUUGCUCCUUUAAGGGCUUUUCCUGAUGUUUCUAUAGUAUCAGAGCGAGUCCACUCUCCUAUCCAUGACAGAACUACCCAUUCCUCUGAGCAGGGUUCACUGUACCAGCACCCUUUGGCUCAAGAAACCCUCCUUUCUGAAGAAGGAGCAAAGAGUGUCUGUUCUCCAUCUCAGCAAAGCAUAUCCACAGAAAAAAACCAGCAGCAAGAGGAGAUGGCUCAUCCUCUUCCAAGUGAUGCUAAAGUCAAUGCAGAAGAAAUCCAAUCAAUCAAAUGUGGCGGGUAUGAAGGUCAAAUCCAUGAAGAUGAAACCAACUUUCUGAGUAAAGGUAUUCCUGCACAUCAGCUUCUGGACCUGUUACAGAGAGAAGUUGGCAUGCAGAGCAGCAGGAGCAGCAGCGCUUUUUCCUCUGAGUCACAGGCCGAUAUAAAAGUUUCUGGCUUUUGUUCAGAUCCGCAGAAUCACCUGGAGGCUUCCAAAGGCACCAUGUAUGAGAGACAAGGUCCACCGGGCGAAGCGGGUCCUUCCCAACGGCAGAGAAAGCACCAAGAGAUCAGCAACAUUACGAUAGGUUCCCGCAGGACUCAGCCUGAUGACAGUAGUGAAGAGCUGCACAGAGAGCUGCUCUCUGAGGCGCGGAGACUCAGCAGCGUGCAGGCAAACAAGGAACCAGAAGGUCUGCCACCAAAUCAGCAGUCCACCACGCCAUCUCUUGAGGAGCCACAAGCCAAACCGAGCGGGAAGCCGUUUUCAGGAGGUUCUGGGUGGAUUUACAGAAAGCGGGACCUGCUGUCCUCCCAGAACCACGCAGGGAGCGACAGCUCCUACCUCGGUUUAAUUCCGCUGUCUCAAUCCACUCCAGGCUUUUUCUCUGCUCCUUUGAAGUUUAACAGCAAGGCUAAACUUGAACAUCUCUCAGCCAUAGAAGCUAAUAAAGAGAUCUUGUAUGAUUCCAGCGUUGGGCCAGAGUCAGUCGAUGGCCGUCUACCAAACGCUGCUGACCAACAAGCUCACCAGGCCUCUGACAGAGUCCGUUCUCUCCCAAGUCUCAACUACCUGCAGAAAGUAGAUGCCUGGAGGACAAAACAGAGUUCAGAGAGGACCCCGCCAUUAGAAGGCCUGGAACUAGAUGCACAAUUUGGAGUUUCUCCUAAAAAGAAAGAUGAUAAGGCACAAUCCAAAGUCCUGAAUCAGAACCCUACUCAUCUGGGUUCACAGGAUACCACACAGAUCCCCUCCUCUGCUCCAUCACCUGGUUCCUCUCCAAGAAGGGGUGAGGCUGUGGGCGGAGCUCCCGGUGACCUAGACAAUAAGGGAUCUGCUGCGCCGCCCUCGGCCUCUCCCUUUGGCAGGUCACAGUCCCUCUCAUCAAUCAGCACGGUCGUCAUGUCAGUAGACAAGCCCCAGCAGACCAACGGCGCCGCUCUGAGUCAGACAGACGCUUCUCCUCCGAGCACCGCCACUGAAGCUCCACCCCUCCACCACUUCAACCAUGUCUCUGUUGAUCCAGAACUUUCAAGUUCCCAGGAUAGUUACAGAGAAAUUAAACUAGGACCUUCUGUGGGAACGUCUUCUGUGGUUAGCCUUGAGCUAGAUAAUUAUGCCCCCUAUUGGACUCAUAAGCGUCCAACAUCAUCGCCGCCUCCUUCAGGGUCUAAAGAGCUCAACAUUGAUGAACGUAUUCCGUUAUAUCUUCAAAACCUGGGCAUCGACCAGACCCCGUCCAAAAUCCUGACUCCGUUCGUCCCCAGGGGGCCCAUCAGGGAACCAGAAUUUUCUCCAACAGAUCUUUGUACAAUUAAAGGAUCUUCUGGAACCCCUUCGAAGAGCACCCAACCCUCUGAGGGUAGCAGUCCCUAUAAAGGCGAGUUCUCCAGGUCCAGCAUUCUGUCAGUGGAUUCCAGUAUAUCCAUCCCAUUCAGCCUGGACAGUCUCGGUCCAGCUGCGUCUGUGUCAGAGCAGGUCAGAGUGAGGGCUUCUUCUCCACAUGAUACAGAAGUCCUUCCGAGGGAAAGCAGAGCAGUUUCCUGCCAUCAGUCUGAUGAACGUUCCCAUUCCUCCAUCCUGCACAACUCCAAGCAGCAGCAGGGCGAGUCUGAAUCUACCUCUGUCUCUGGGAAGAUCGUCGAUACGGACAGAAAAGUCACAGAGCUGCCGAGCUGCCGUAACUUGGAUCAAGAUGGAGAAAGUUCCUUCGUUAGUGAGAGGGCAUUAUCCGAGAUCCGUAAACUACUCUCUCAAGCAGAGAACAUCAUAUCUACGGGUUCCUCCACAGCCUCAUCCGGAGCCAAUACAUCCCGUCUCUGCUCUGAUACAGACCUUUUCAAGCCACCAGAGAUAAAAACCAGCAAGCUCCAAACUUCCCUACUGUCCUCCUCCAGCUCCACAGGCGGAGACCUCAAAUCUCAUUCCACUCUGCCAUGGGCCAGGUCCUCCUCAGACUCCAUGCUUCUCACUGAGAAACCACAGCAAAGCUCUGCUGCUCAUGAAGGUUUGACCUCACCUGGGCGUCCUGAUAAUCCAGCCUCACCAGCUGCCUGUAUUCCUGUCGGUAACGGCGCUGGAACAUCCAAGCCACCCCGACGGACAGAGCCGGAGGGGUGUAGUGCCGCUCCCCCAGAUAAAAUCCCAAUACAGCCUUCAACAGCUGCAGACACGCAGCAGCUGAAUCUGACUUCUGCAGACAUAGCGGGGGAAGCAGAGGAAGAGGAAAAGGUCACACCUAGUGAUGCUGGAGCUCAGAGUCGCUCUUCCUCUCCUGUUCAUGAGGAUGCCAAUCAGGAAGUGCUAAGCGACGGCAGCAGUGAGAACUCACUAACAAUCAGAGUGGCCAAAUUACUGCAGAAGGAGUCUCCUGUUACCAUGGCAUCUAGCUCACCCAGCGUCACAGAUCAGGAAGAGGGAAAAACCAAAGAAGGGAUGAUGUCGAAGGUUUGGGAGCGGCAGGGUGAGCCGCUGCAGUUGGAUGAAGAAGACAGAAGACGUAUUGAGGAAAUCAAGAAAGAGCUCCUGUUGAGAAACCCUUUGAAGAGCCAAGGAAGCACAGAUACAGAUGGCAGUAUAGCGUCCAGCACUGGGAUCACUAAAAAGGACACUGAAGCAUUUUCUACCCUCAACGUCGCUAAAAAGCAGCUUGGCCUCAGUGCGGCCCGCCCAGAGCCUCACACACAUCACAACAUCCUGCACCUCCAUCUAGAAGCCAGAGUCUGUGAGAUAGCUGCCAGGGAAGGAUUAGCACUCCCUACUAAAAGGGUUCAACCGCUCUCAUCCAUCAGUGUUUCCACCGACAGGCCCUCUGUGACCCCCUCAUCUUCAUCCCCCUUUGCACCUCCUCUAAGCUCAUCCUCACAAGCCCUCCACCUUCCAGAGCUUCCCUCAGGAACAGUCAGAUCCUCAUCAUCCAUCCAGCAUCUUCUAACAGAUGAGACAGAAGCAGAGAGGCUUCCCUCAGCCCGAACGACAACAAAACAGCCUUCUGUGUCUGAGGAAAGUAAACAAAACCAGAAGGUGUCUCAAAAAAGCAGCCAGGAUCAGGAACCUCCUCCAACCUCACAGGCUUUAGAGGAACCAGACGUCAGAGCACACGCUCCAAAAGUCCAGACCGGUUCUUUUUCUCCCAGUCAUAAAGAAAACCAGGCUUUCAAGACGAGUCGUCCCCCAAACCUCCAUUUCACUCUCCUCCCUAAAUCAACAGCAAACACAUCUGUCUCUGCCAUCCACCGUCAUGACGCGGUGGACUUUGCCGCCAUCAGAGGCUCCCCUCCCGCAGCAAGCAGUCCAGACGAAGGCGUCGGCUCGUCAAGUCCAGCAGAUUGGUGCAGGUUAGACGCUUCUACAGCAGCUCAGAGAAAAGGGAUCCCUGCAUCAUCACCGUCCCUCACGCAGCAACGCAGAUCUGCAGCGUUAACCGCUCUAAAACCAGCAUAUCCUGUACUGCUGCCUUACAAACCUCGAGGCAGUGAGGAGCUCUUCUAUGUCCCACAGACAGAGGCUGACGUCUCCUCCUCAAACCAGUCAGACACCAGCAUGGAGAGCACUCACACUGGAUCAGAUGACGCGGUGCCUCCCAGAUUCAACAGCGAGGUCCUAGGGGAUCAGGAUCCAGGGUUGGACCGCGGAAUCGCAAUCAGACACAAAGAGGGCAUCUACAGCAGAAGGCUGAGAACGUUCAGAAUGGAAGAUCGAGGACAGAACGUCCAGAGAACGCUGGAUCACAUAGAUGCUUCAGAAGCAGCGAUCAGAAGGUCUUCAGCUUUUAGCCCAACAGCGAAGCCAUCUUCCCAGGAGUCAAUCCGUCACUCCGUCUCUGGAGCUCCUUCAACUGUCAACACCAAAGCGUCUAAGAGGGAUCAGGGUACCAGCCCCAUCCAGUUUCUCCAUUACAAGCAAGCAGAGCCGACUAAUCAGAGGUUCCAUCCAGCUCAAACCGAGGACGACCGUCUUCCACCGCCCCCUCAACAGAGCAGCGACACCCUGGACCACCUGUGGCAGAGGUUCUGUGAUGAGUGGAACAGGGAGGAGCCGCACCCCACCAGGGAUAAAGAGGCCAUAUUGGAGCGAUUAGAGCAUCUGUCUCGUCUGAUUCAGAACUCUUACAGAGGGCCGGGUUAUUAUGUUCCUGUAAGGACGCUGAGAGACAGGGAGGAGGUUAAACGGACCAAUAUGGGACGAAAAGUAGGAGACGCAGAAAAGGAGACCUACGUCUCCAACAUCCACAACCAGCCAUUCCCUUCUGCAGACAGAGAUCAACCAGAGAGGCUCUCCACUGUGUCCGGCUCUACAUCUACCAUGAACACGGCACGACUCAUCCGAGCCUUCGGCGCUGACAGAGUGAAGCACCUGAGAAGCAACUCUAACCUCAGCAAACUGUACAGCGCCAUCAACAAGCAGAGGGAGGAGAGGGAACGGCGCAAAGGAACAAAGGAGGAGGACUCUGUUACUCUCACUCCAUCAGCAACAACCUGCACAGACCAAUCGGUUCUUGAUACAGCAUCAACAUCCAGCACCAUCUCGCCGCCCCACGGUCCUUCAAGGGCGCUGACAACCAAGAGAGCCGCAAGAACGGUCAACAAAUGCAUUCAGGCAGGAGAGCUGGAGAUUGUUCGUAACGGGACUCGACGGCACACUAGAGAUGUUGGGACCACGUUUCCUUCUCCUGGAGAAGCUGGAGCUUUUGAGCGGAUUUCUUCCUCUUCGUCGAGCACAGUGAGAGGAAGAGGAGGAGGCCGGAGACUUAUUCCUAAAUCUAAUAACAGUCAGAAGCAGAAGAAGAGCAAAAGGAGCCCCUCUAAGCCUUACCCUAAAGGUGUUUCAUGGUUUAUCUCUGUCGACAACCUGAGGUCUGAGACAAGGAAAGAGAACCGUCCAGAGGAACCAUCCACCGCGUGGUUCGAGCCCUACAGCCAAGUCCGACCAUGGAGAGAGCCGCUCAGACAGAGACAAGUCUACGAGGACAGCAGCAACCAUCCUGAGCAAGAUCCACAUCCUGAAAGCAAAACGUUUCACUUUGGGCUCCUACGCGUCACCCUGCAGGAGGCUCUGGAGAUGCGUCGGCCUGAGUUUAUCUGUCAAUCUAAGCAGAGGGUGAGACGACUGGCGCUGCAGGCCGAGGAGCGGAGGCUACAGGCCACGCUCGGCCGAGACAGACGGCGGCUGUACAACCAUCCGGGUGAACUUGGGAGGCUGCUGAAGUCUGCAGGUAAUGUCAUGCUGAGGAGAGCAGUACCCAGGAAGGAAAUGAUCCAGAGGUCCAAGCAAAUCUAUGAAAACCUUCCAGAGGUGCGGCGCAGGAGAGAGGAGGAGAGAAGGAAAGCAGAGUAUCAGUCGUACAGACUGAACGCCCAGCUUUUCAAUAAGAGAAUCACCAACCGGGUCCUUGGCAGGAGAACAGCCUGGCACUGAUUAAACAAACACAGCAUUUACUCUCAGCAGGACACCAUCGAGGGACAAGGAAAGACGAAUUGGACAAGCUGCAGUCACCACAGCACCGCUAGCACAGCUGGAAAACCGCGUUUUACAGACAACAUAUAUACUUUCAAAUAAAUACACUAUGCCCAGCAAAUUAAUAAAUAAGACUAUGUUAAUAAGAGUCAGGUAUAAACAUGAAUAACCAGAAAAUAAGGUUGUUGUGGAUUUAGCCUUGGCAGAUGUGCAAAAAAGAAAAACAAAAUAGAACAGAAAAAACAGUCUUUGGCAAAGAAACAGUUUUGCUUCAUUAAGGUUUAUCUGAAUCCAAUCAACUAAGGUUGAUGUCUACAGGUUUAAGGCUGCAGACUGUGUCCACCUGAACUUAAACAGCUUCUUUUGUUCGAUCAGCAUCCAAAUUUUCCUAAUUUCAUCAAUUCAUAAAACCCUCCACCUGUCUGUGGGGAACCUAACGUGCUGGAUUUUGUUCUUUUAGUGGCUCGUGCAAAUGAUGAAACUGAAACAAAGAUUAAAUUUUACAUCCCAUAAUAAUUUCCCUUCAUACAGGCAAGCGAAGCGCCAAGAGCAAUUCCAACCCACCCCCCCAAAAGAUUACCAACAGCCUCACAGUUGCUCCUGCUGUGUAAAGUUUAUAGGAUCCUGUGAGUUUAGCUGCAUAAAUCACAGGAGUAAGGUUGGUAACGGUGCGAGUCUGAGCAGCAGGCAUUGCUUUAUUCAGUCCAGGUUAUCAGUUCAGUUCAAAAUACUUUAUAUAUCCCAAAGGGAAAUAUGAUUGUGUCAUUAGAAUGACUGAAAGUCAAACCAGGCUUAAACACUUUUGGUAAGAAAAAACAAAGCAAUGCAAAUUUGAGGAAGAUUUUUUUCUGGUAGGUUAAUUUGCUGGUGCAAAUUAAAUGCCGGACCAACAAUAAAGUAUUUUUUUUUUUCACCUCAAAGCUUUCCUGUUGUGGGUAAUUACUAAUUUAUAGUAAGUGCUUUGGUGAGAUCAAGCAACUUUCAUUGAUUGUUUCCUAUAAAAUACGUUUUUUACAAACAUGAUAAUGGAGUAAGCAGUUAGCAUGAGGAUUGCAGCUAGGAUUAUUGAAAAACUGUUAGAAAUAGUAAUACAGUAAUAAUAGAGAAAAAUCUUGUUUUCUUCUAUUAUUUGUUCUAGCAGCAUGUAUAUACGGUGACAAAAAUAUUUUGCAAGUUCUCCCACUUAGAAAUCAUGGAGGGUCUGAAAUUCUCACUGUACAGUGAAUAAAGAAGAAAACAAGGAAGGUCAAAUUAUUAUUAUUUUUUUUUUACAAUUUUAGAUCGUACCCUGCUCUUUUCAGACAGAUUCCAACAAAUCUAGCACGACAGACCAUUUUAGGCUUAACGAUAAAACAAGCUCCUCACAGCCUUCCUGUUCUCUGCUAAAACUCUUGCUCUUACAGUUUCCUUUUAAACAGCUACUUCAACUUUGCCUUAUUUUAAAAAAAUGAAACGGCUAACUUUGAAUUUUCACUACGAAACAAAUUUAAUUCUGAAGAUUAUUGGGCAGAAAAUUAUUGGAUUUUUUAAUAUUUUCUAACCAGCUGGCUGACCUCUAAAAGGAGCUGAACGAUAAAAAAGAUAACAAAAGGCCUGAAAUCUGUUUUUAACAGCAGAAGGUGACUUAUGCGAUUGACUGAAGAUAUGAAGUGUUAUGCUUAUUUUGGGGCACAAAUUAAAACCUACCAAGGGUUUCUGACAGUAAAGAAUACAUUGUUUAAAAUAAACUUUUCAGAUCUCAGUUUAAUAAUUUUUCAUCUUCACCUAAAACAGAAGAUAAGCAACAGAACUGGGGUCAGUUUCACAAAGCAGGUUUAACAAACUCCGCAAGUUGAUAUAGCCUAAUGUGGGGAACUCUGAGUUUUCAGUUUCACAACGGCUGCUAUGAAUUAGUUCAAUACACUCCAAGUAGGUCCACUCAGAGUUGAGCGCAUGUAUGAAAAGCCAUUAUCAGUGGAGCGCCAUUUCAACGAGUCACCAUUAAAAAGGCAACAGGAAGUGCCUAUUUCAUCCCACUGGAACUAGAGAUUAUAAAGAAGAAAUUAAAAGGAAAAAAUGGAGAAUGUGUUUAAAAAACAGAUAAACAGCACCACUGCUGCAAAGGAGAGGAAGAUGGACACGGAGAUAAUUGUUGUGUUAAUCUAUAGGUUUGUAUGAAGUGGGCUAUGGCAGGCCGUUAUACAUUUAUUAAAAGCUUCUAUCAUUUA